AUUGUGAUUUUGGGUACUACAUUGUCCAAAUUCCUCAAUUUCAAGUUUCAACACUCUUUGAGUCUUUUCUUCUCUCUCCUCUUCUUCUUCCCCAAACAUAAAAUAAUAAUUUCAAAAGAAAAUUAAAAAAAAAUCCAUUUCUUCCCUUUUCUCAAAGAAGAAGCACCCCUCUUCCUCAACCCCCAAACAAGUCCUCAACUUAAGAUGCGCCUCCCAUUCUCUCUCCUCUUCAUCUUCCUCAACCCCCUUUCUUCAUCUUCCUCCCACUCCAAAAUCUCAUGAACUCAUCCUCUGUUUCCUCUUCCUUUUCACUCGAACUCUCUCUCUUCAGCAAAUGGAUUUCGGGUUGGUGGGUUCUGUAGAUUCUUCAGAGCAGCAGCAAAUACUAGAAGGGAAACCCAAUGGAUCUGGGUUACUCAUCAAGCAAGAAAGACCCGACCCGUUUGGAGAUGAAGAUAACAACAGGGCUGCAAAAAUGGUGAAAAGGGGUCAAGAUUUGGGGCUGAGAUCUGAUAAUAAUAAUGUUAAUGUACUCCCAAAACAACAAAUGUUGAGCUUUUCUUCUUCAAAUAAACCUCAACAACUGAGCUUUCUGGGUUCUAAAGAUGUCGGAUUCAUUGCAGCAGAUAAUAAUAAUAAUAAUAACAAUAAUAAUAAUACAAAUGCACAAAAUCUUUUCUUGUCUUAUUUUCAGCACCAACCUCCUCCUCCUUCUGCUCCUAAUUACUCCAGAACUCCUGCUGGGUUUAAUCCAGGAAACUUGAAUGGGAACAUGCAUGGAUCAUUUACAGGGAUAAGAGGACCAUUUACACCAGCUCAAUGGAUAGAAUUAGAACAUCAGGCAAUGAUAUACAAGUAUCUAACAGCUAAUGUUCCUGUUCCUCAUAAUUUGCUCAUUCCUAUUAGGAAAGCCUUAUGUUCUUCUGUCUUUCCUGGCUUCUCUAUUGGAUCUUAUCCUCCCCAUUCAUAUGGAUGGGGUGCUUUCCAUCUAGGAUUUUCCGGCAACACCGACCCCGAGCCGGGGAGGUGUCGCAGGACCGAUGGGAAGAAAUGGCGGUGCUCAAGGGACGCAGUCCCCGACCAGAAAUAUUGUGAAAGACAUAUCAACAGAGGUCGCCAUCGUUCAAGAAAGCCUGUGGAAGGCCUCACUGGCCAAGCUGCCUCUGGACCCACUAACACCAAGGAGGUUCCAGCGAUGUCUAUGCCAUCAUCGCUGGUAACAUCCAGUGGCGGUGCCUCCAACAGUAGUACUGUUACUAUAGCACAUCACCACCACCACGUCAAACCCUUGCAGCCUAGUGGUGCCACCAAUGCUACUACUGAUUCAAUUGUUAACCGCUUUCAUGAUGAGCAGGGUCUGUCUGUGUCCGUAAUGCCUCCUCCUACAACCAUGAAUUUGAAAACAAACGACACCUCAUUUUCCUUAGACGAUUCCUCGCAAUCAGAAUUCGGACUUGUUUCGACAGAUUCACUCCUCAACCCAACACAGAAAAGCUACAACAAUUCUUCUUCAUCUUCUUCAAUCUUGGGGUUCAAUUCUCAGCAAACACAAGACCAACAAUACCCACUCAGACACUUUAUGGACGUCUGGCCCAAAGACAACUCAACCCGCUCAACCAUCCCCUGGCCCGAAGACCUUAAAUCAGACUGGACUCAACUCUCCAUGUCUAUCCCCAAUCAAGAGAACAAAACAGCUGUUUCACCCUUGAGGCUUUCUCGUGAACUUGACCCGUCUGAAACGGGUUUGGGUUUGGAUGAAACGGGCAUGAAACAGCAAAAUGCAUGGAUCCCGAUUUCAUGGGGAAAUAAUAAUAAUAAUAAUAACUCAAUGGGUGGUCCUUUAGGGGAAGUGUUGAACAAUACGAGUAAAAAUAUCAUGACAUCAGCCCUAAAUCUCAAGGGUAGUGAUCAACGAUGUGGCGGUGGUGGUGGUGGUGGGAGUCCUCAACUCGGGUCAUCUCCGACCGGGGUGUUGCAGAAGUCUACGUAUGUUUCACUUUCCAACAGUAGCUCCGCUGAAGGUGGUGCUAGUCCGUGUGAUGAUAUCUUUGGUUUAGCUGCUCAUGCUAGCUCUACUUUCGUCCCCUCCAUGUAAACUGGUACAUGGAAUCGGAAUCUCUUCAUAUUGUUAUCUGUUUUUUUGUGUUAAGAUUGUGUUUGCUGAAAAGUUGUGGGAUUGCAGGUGGUGAAUUGCUGAUAGCUCAACCUUUUUUAAUGGUUUGUGAGCUGUGAAAAUCUGUUUCAUAGACUGAUAAUUGUAAUAUUGUGUCUGUUGCUGUUACUACUGUAUUUAUCAAUGAUCACUUUGCAUAUCUCCUUUUUUUCUCCAUUGGGAGAAAUUAAUCCAAACUUUCAUGAAUUUUAGUUGAA